GUGUGUAAGCGACGAGUGAGUGUGUGCGUGCAAAAGAAAGCAGCUGGUGGCAGAAUCUCAAAUAUUGCCAGGAAAAUUAAUAAACAAAGCGCUCACGGGCGGAGCACAAAUUGCCUGCACGCUCGUCAAUUGUCGUUAACUAAGUCAACAAUUGGCACCCAAAGAGGCGGCUUCUUCAUCAACUGUUUGUUUUUUCACUGCGUCUUCAUCGCUUUUGUUUCGACCGUCCAACGUCACAGAAUUCGUAAAUUGCUCCGCGAGAAAAGCUCGAGAAAAUGCAUUUAUAAGUAGUAAAUAAGUGCCUAGUGUAUGAUAUAAUAAAGGCGAGGGCUCAAUUUAGUUAAACAUCGGCCUUAAAACAGCUGCAACAUGUCUUCGAAUGAGGCCUACCACGAGCAGGGCGCCGGUGGAGAUGGACCAGGCGAAUCCACUAGUGGGUCAGCCGGAGGCAGUCAGCGGAGCAACCACUUACACCACCAGCAGAUUCUUAACGAGACAACCUAUCUAAAACCCGCCGCCAAACAGGCUUACUUCAGCGAUGAGAAGGUCCUCAUACCCGAUGAUGAUAGCACAAAUGUGGGUUUCAGCUUUCGCAAGCUGUGGGCCUUCACGGGACCCGGUUUUCUUAUGUCCAUUGCGUAUCUGGAUCCCGGUAACAUCGAAUCUGAUAUGCAGUCUGGUGCAGCGGCCAAGUACAAGAUUUUGUGGGUCUUACUGUGGGCCACUGUCUUGGGAUUGCUUAUGCAACGCUUGGCUGCAAGACUGGGUGUGGUAACCGGCCUUCAUCUGGCCGAAAUGUGCUACAGACAGUACAAGCGGUUUCCGCGUUGGAUCCUUUGGAUAAUGAUAGAGAUAGCCAUUAUUGGUUCCGACAUGCAGGAGGUCAUAGGCACAGCCAUUGCCAUAUACCUGCUGUCCAAUAAAGUAGUGCCUUUGUGGGGCGGCGUGUUAAUCACAAUUGUCGACACGUUCACGUUCCUGUUUCUGGACAAAUACGGUCUUCGCAAGCUCGAAUUUUUAUUCGGCACGCUCAUUACCAUUAUGGCUCUCUCAUUUGGAUAUGAGUAUAUUGUGUCGGCCCCCAACCAGGGAGAAGUUCUCGAGGGGAUGUUUGUGCCCUGGUGCUCUAACUGCAAUUCUAACGUGUUGCUGCAAGCGGUGGGCGUAGUAGGUGCUGUCAUCAUGCCCCACAAUCUCUACCUCCAUUCUGCACUGGUUAAGUCCCGCGAUAUAGAUCGUCGCCAGCCAAAGAAAGUAAGCGAGGCGAAUUUCUACUUUUUCAUAGAGGCGUCGGUAGCUUUGUUUGUUUCCUUCAUCAUCAAUCUGUUUGUGGUGGCUGUGUUUGCCCAUGGCAUGUAUGGCAAGACAAACAACGACGUGGUUAGUGUCUGUAAAAACAAGUCAAUGUACGAGGAUGCCGUCACGUCAUUUACGGACAAUGUAAAUGGAACUGCCAUCAUCGAUGCGGAUUUGUACAAGGGCGGAUUGUUUCUUGGUUGCACUUUCGGAGCUGUGGCCAUGUAUAUUUGGGGCGUUGGUAUUCUGGCGGCGGGUCAAAGCUCCACCAUGACAGGAACCUAUGCCGGCCAGUUCUCAAUGGAAGGAUUUCUUAAUCUGCAGUGGCCGCGUUGGUGUCGCGUGCUGGUCACGCGUUGUAUUGCCAUUAUUCCCACCUUCUGCCUGGCAAUGUUUAGCAAGAUGGAAGAUCUGACCAGCAUGAAUGACAUCCUGAAUGCUGUGAUGUCGCUCCAGUUGCCAUUCGCUGCCAUACCCACCAUCGCAUUCACCUCAUGUGCCGCCAUUAUGGGCGAGUUUGUCAAUGGACUAGGCAACAAAAUUGUUUCCAUACUGCUUACCAUAGUUGUGAUUGGUGUUAAUUUGUACUUUGUGGUGGUGCAAGUGGAAAACAUGGAAAUUAAAGGAGGUCUUUUGGCCCUAGUCUGUAUAUUUGCCAUUCUGUAUAUACUGUUUAAUCUAUACCUUGUGAUACACAUGGCUGCCUGCAUGGGCAAUCAGCGUCUAAUGAACAGUCGGUGGGUGCAGCGCUUCGUGUUGCCAAGCCAGAACAGCUUUUCGAUAAAGAACGCAAACUCGACGUAUGCCAGGAUUGCCACGAGCUCCGAACAGGAGACGGAGGGCUUGGAAGGUGAGGAUGCGUAGCCAUUACUGUGCUGCACUGAUUCCGAUGGCAGUGAGGAGGUUUGUUUCACCAACAGCAAUAAUAACGAACUUGGCUGCCCCAGCAGCAAUCUGAACGGAACUGGGGGUCAACAUGUCGUCCUCAGCUAGCGGUGGCGUUCUUAUUGGCUCCGUGAAUGCCGCCGCCGUAACAAAUCACUCAACAGCGGACCCAAUGUGGCAAACUCAUCCAGUGCUAGGUCAAAAGUCCGGCUUGUCCCGGCUUGCGGGGAUGGAAUUGGCGACCGUUGUUGCUUCGGGUAUUCUUUCUUAAGAGGUCCUCCGAGAGGGCUUGGGAUCAGUGUAACACAAUAACUAAAUUCUAAUUUGAAUGCAUACCAAAAAUGGUUAAUGAACACUACUUACUAAAAAGCGCAGAGAGACAAAAAACAAAAAUCCAAGACAUUGUCGAAAUUAUCUAAUCAAAUCGAAAGCACUUUUAGUUAAAGCAAAUAGUUAUAAAGUCUAUUAAUAAUAGGGCUGUGAAAUUAACUGAGCGUAAAUCGAUCCACAUCAAUUGUCUAAUCGUGUGUAAAGUUGCCUGUAAAAUAAUAUCAUUUUGUGUCUCUAUAUAUUGAAUCGUGUGAAAGUAAUUAUUUAUCAAAUGUUUUUAAAAAUUUAACUUUGUACUUUGUAUUUAUUUUGUACUGUUUAACCUAAGAACUCCUUUUUUAAAGCUGCACUUUUUAAUGGAAACUAAAGGUCCACUGGAGUCCAUCAUCUCCUAGCUAGCUGCAUAAAAAUAUUUUAAAAAUUGUUGUGUACAAAAUUGCUAUGAAUAAAGAUUUGUAUUAUAUUAAGGAAAA